UAUUUUAUUUUUUAUUAGAGAGAAAAAAAUGUUAGAUAUAGAAAAUGAAAAGAAAGAAGUUAUAAAUAAUCAGUUUUUUCUCCCUCCAUUCUUCCAAACUGAAAAUAAGAAAUAAGAGGGCUUAUGGUUUUCUUGUUCAAAAAAAAAUUGAAAAAGUUUGUUUUUUGACCAUUACCAUGGUCCAUCACCUCCCCUCUCCUUCUUCCUUUCUUCCUCCUCCUAUUUCCUAUAAUCUUUCCUCUUUUAUUUAAUUUGCCCCUUUUCUUUCCUCCCUAUAUUAUCCAUAAUCUUGAUUCUUGAUUAUUUGGUUUUUUUUCUUUUUCUUUCAAACAUCUGAAAAUUUUAAACUUUGAGGAUUUUAAUCAUAUAUCAAAAUGGGCAAUAUAUGUUUUUCUAGCUCAAAAGUUAGUGGUUCUAACAGCAACACCCCUUCCACCACCAAUACCGCCACCGUGAAUGGCCACCGUAAUCGGCGGAGCUCAGCGAAACCGGUUUCUGCAACAACAAAUACAUCAAGAAAACAAGAGGGGUCUCAUUACAAUCGACAGAAAGGUAAGGAUAACGGUGGGGUUAAGCAACAAACGAAAAAUGUUAAGCAUAAUACGAGGAGGCAAAGUGGGGUUAUUCCUUGUGGGAAAAGAACGGAUUUUGGGUAUGAUAAAGAUUUUGAUAAGAAGUUUACAAUUGGGAAGUUGUUGGGUCAUGGACAAUUUGGAUACACAUAUGUUGCCACAGAUAAGUCUAAUGGAAAUCGCGUGGCUGUCAAGAGAAUUGAAAAGAAAAAGAUGGUUGUUCCAAUUGCAGUUGAGGAUGUAAAACGAGAAGUCAAGAUAUUGAAGGCCCUAGCUGGUCACGAGAAUGUAGUUGAUUUCUAUAAUGCAUUUGAGGAUGAUAACUAUGUUUACAUAGUAAUGGAGUUAUGCGAGGGCGGAGAACUGUUGGACCGCAUUUUGGCCAAAAAGGACAGCCGUUAUACCGAGAAAGAUGCAGCAAUAGUUGUGGGUCAGAUGCUGAAAGUUGCCGCUCAGUGUCAUUUACAUGGUUUGGUGCAUCGUGAUAUGAAACCUGAGAAUUUUCUCUUUAAAUCUCCAAAGGAGGACUCACCACUAAAGGCCACAGAUUUUGGUCUUUCAGACUUCAUAAGACCAGGGAAGAAAUUCCAAGAUAUAGUAGGAAGUGCAUAUUACGUAGCCCCAGAGGUAUUAAAGCGUAAAUCUGGACCUGAAUCAGAUGUGUGGAGCAUUGGUGUAAUUACAUUCAUUUUGCUUUGUGGUCGUCGGCCCUUCUGGGAUAAAACAGAGGAUGGCAUAUUCAAGGAGGUCCUACGAAACAAACCUGAUUUUCGUCGCAAGCCAUGGCCAACUAUAAGCAACAGUGCUAAAGAUUUUGUUAAGAAAUUAUUGGUGAAAGAUCCUCGUGCUAGACUUACUGCUGCCCAGGCCCUAUCACAUCCAUGGGUCCGUGAAGGAGGUGAUGCUUCUGAGAUUCCACUAGACAUUUCUGUCUUGUCCAACAUGCGACAGUUUGUCAAAUACAGUCGAUUAAAACAAUUUGCAUUACGGGCAUUGGCUAGCACACUUGAUGAGGAGGAGCUGGCAGAUGUCCGGGACCAGUUUUCUGCAAUUGAUGUGGAUAAAAAUGGUGUUAUUAGCCUUGAAGAAAUGAGACAGGCACUUGCCAAGGAUCUCCCCUGGAAGAUGAAAGAAUCACGGGUUCUUGAGAUUCUUCAAGCGAUUGAUAGUAACACAGACGGGCUUGUUGAUUUCCCGGAGUUUGUUGCAGCGACUCUACAUGUACAUCAGUUAGAGGAGCAUAAUUUGUUAAAAUGGCAGCAAAGAUCGCAAACUGCUUUUGAGAAAUUUGAUGUUGAUAGAGAUGGAUUCAUAACUCCAGAGGAACUUAGAAUGCAUACCGGCUUAAAAGGCUCCAUAGACCCACUGCUAGAAGAAGCAGAUAUCGACAAAGAUGGAAAGAUAAGCUUGUCAGAAUUCCGCAGGCUUCUAAGAACUGCAAGUAUAAGUUCACGAAUGGUGACUAGUCCUACAGUCAGAGGCUCUCGGAAAAUCUAGUCAGAGUGUUUAAGAGAUGUGAAAGUUAUCCAUGAGAAAAUUUUGUUGGAAAAUCACGUUCAUUUACAUGUUCUCAUGUGCUGCAAUUCUGUCGCUAAAAUGAAUGAGAUUAGAGACAUUUGGCCUUGUGUAGCCAGCGCCCCUCCGGCUCCUGCAGAGUUUGCCAGAAAAGCAUUUGGCAUGAAGUUGCUUUCUCCUAAACAACCAGCAGCAAUUAAUGUUCAUAAUCUGGUCGUUUUAAAUGUACAUUCUUUGUGAGUUUUUCUGGGGUUCCCUUUGAGUAUGUAUGUAAUACAACGUCACUAUAGAUUAUAUGAUCAAUGAUAAAAAUAUACAUGUAUCACCAGGACUUAAUGUUAUAGGUCAGUUGGUAUCACCUUUUUUAUA